AUGGCGCUGUCGCCGCCGCCCAUGCUGCCCGCGCUGGUGCUCCUGGCCGUGGCCGCCGCCCUGCCCGCACUGGGGCCGUGCGCGACCGCCCGGGAGCUGCGGGAGCCCGGCGGGGCCGGCACCUUCACCCUGGGGCCCGGCUGGACCCACGCGUGGGACGCUGCGCGCUCGCCCCAGGCACCGCGGGAGCUGCUGGACGUGAGCCACGGCGGGCGGCGGGCGGGCCGGCGGCGCGGGCGGGGCACUGGACAGUGGGGCUGCGCACCCCUCGGGGGGCGCCCGCUACCGCCUCCACCGCCGAUGCGAGUCCUCCUGGCGGCCCGUGGUGCCCGGACGGUAGUGAGCUUGCAUCCUCGGUCGGGCGCCCGGCUGCGACGGCGAUCGGUGCCUGGGAUCGGCAGCGCGCUCCGCUCCCCAUCUCCUGGAGGCGCCGCUGCCUCAGUGCACACGGCGCUCACGGCCCUCGCCUUGGUCCCCGCCCGCCGCUGCCCUCGCCGCCUCCCCCUCUGUCCGUCGCCCAGAGGCCCUAUCCGCCUGCGCCUCUGGUGCGCCCUUCGGUGCGCGCCUGGCCUGGUCUCAGGGGAGUUGGAGCCGGACCCGCCCUCGGAGACCCUGCCACCGUCGCCCAUUUUGUCCCGGGCCCGAUCGGGGGCGUCGCGGCGGGCCAGGCGGGGCGCGGGUGGGAGCACCAGUCCCCAGUUCCCGCUGCCCAGCUACCAGGUGUCAGUGCCCGAGAACGAGCCCGCAGGCACCGCGGUCAUUGAGCUGCGCGCGCACGAUCCCGACGAGGGCGAGCCGGGGCGCCUGAGCUACCAGAUGGAGGCGCUGUUCGACGAGCGCUCCAAUGGCUACUUCCUGAUAGACGCAACCACAGGCGCUGUGAGCACUGCCCGCGAACUGGACCGGGAGACCAAGGACACGCACGUGCUCAAAGUCAGCGCUCUGGACCACGGCACGCCACGGCGUUCGGCCGCCACCUACCUCACCGUCACUGUCAGCGACACCAACGACCACAGCCCAGUCUUCGAGCAGUCUGAGUACCGUGAACGCGUGCGUGAGAACCUCGAGGUGGGCUACGAGGUGCUGACCAUCCGCGCCACUGACGGCGACGCGCCCUCCAACGCCAACAUGCGCUACCGCCUGCUGGAGGGCGCGGGCGGUGUCUUCGAGAUUGAUGCUCGCUCGGGCGUGGUGCGCACUAGGGCGGUGGUGGACCGGGAGGAGGCGGCCGAGUACCAGCUGCUGGUGGAGGCCAAUGACCAGGGCCGCAAUCCAGGCCCGCUCAGCGCCACAGCCACUGUGCACAUCGUGGUGGAGGACGAGAAUGACAACUACCCUCAGUUCAGCGAGAAACGCUAUGUGGUCCAGGUGCCCGAAGACGUGGCCGUCAGCACCCCGGUGCUUCGGGUGCAAGCCACUGAUCGAGACCAGGGUCAGAACGCGGCCAUACACUACAGCAUCGUCAGCGGGAACCUGAAGGGGCAGUUCUACCUGCACUCGCUGAGCGGGAGCCUGGAUGUGAUCAACCCGCUGGACUUUGAGGCCAUCCGGGAGUACACACUGCGCAUCAAGGCCCAGGAUGGUGGCCGGCCACCGCUCAUUAACUCCUCAGGGCUGGUCUCUGUGCAGGUGCUGGAUGUGAAUGACAACGCUCCCAUCUUCGUGAGCAGCCCCUUCCAGGCCACAGUGCUGGAGAACGUGCCACUGGGCCACUCGGUGUUGCAUAUCCAGGCAGUGGAUGCGGAUGCAGGAGAGAACUCCCGUCUGCGCUAUCGCCUGGUGGACACAAGCUCAGCUGCCUUGGGGGGCGACAGUGCUGGGCCCGAGGAUCCUGACUCCACCCUGGACUUCCCCUUCCAGAUCCACAACAGCUCGGGCUGGAUCACUGUGUGUGCGGAGCUGGACCGAGAGGAGGUGGAACAUUACAGCUUUGGGGUGGAGGCGGUGGACCAUGGCUCACCACCCAUGAGCUCUUCGGCCAGUGUGUCCAUCACAGUGCUGGAUGUGAACGACAAUGACCCAGUGUUUACCCAGCCCCUGUAUGAGCUUCGUCUCAACGAGGACGCAGCCGUGGGGAGCAGCGUGCUGACUCUGCGGGCCCGUGACCGUGAUGCCAACAGCGUGAUCACUUACCAGCUCACGGGCGGCAACACCCGGAACCGCUUUGCACUCAGCAGCCAGAGUGGCGGUGGCCUGAUCACCCUGGCGCUGCCUCUGGACUAUAAGCAGGAGCGGCAGUAUGUGCUUGCUGUGACUGCAUCGGAUGGCACGCGUUCACACACUGUGCAGGUCUUCAUCAACGUCACCGAUGCCAACACCCACCGGCCGGUCUUCCAGAGCUCUCACUACACCGUCAGUGUCAGUGAGGACCGGCCUGUGGGCACCUCCAUUGCCACCAUCAGUGCCACCGAUGAGGACACAGGUGAGAAUGCCCGGAUAACCUACGUGCUAGAGGACCCUGUGCCACAGUUCCGAAUUGACCCCAACACCGGUACCAUCUACACCAUGACAGAGCUGGACUAUGAGGAUCAGGCUGCCUACACGCUGGCUAUCACAGCCCAGGACAAUGGCAUCCCUCAGAAAUCGGACACCACGUCCCUGGAGAUCCUCAUCCUGGAUGCCAAUGACAAUGUGCCCAGGUUCUUGCGGGAUUUCUACCAGGGCUCUGUCUUUGAGGACGCUCCUCCGUCUACCAGUGUCCUCCAGGUUUCUGCCACAGACAGGGACUCAGGCCCCAAUGGUCGCCUGCUGUACACUUUCCAGGGCGGGGAUGAUGGUGAUGGGGACUUCUACAUUGAGCCCACUUCUGGCGUGAUCCGCACCCAGCGCCGGCUGGACAGGGAGAAUGUGGCUGUGUACAGCCUUCGGGCGCUGGCUGUGGAUCGGGGCAGCCCGGCUGCCCUCAGUGCCUCAGUGGAAAUCCAGGUGACUGUCUUGGACAUCAAUGACAACCCCCCGGUGUUUGAGAGGGACGAGCUGGAGCUGUUUGUGGAGGAGAACAGCCCAGUGGGGUCAGUGGUGGCCAAGAUUCGUGCCAAUGACCCCGACGAAGGCCCCAAUGCCCAGAUCAUGUAUCAGAUCGUGGAGGGCAACAUGCCCGAGGUCUUCCAGCUGGACCUGCUGAGCGGGGACCUGCGUGCGCUGGCCGAGCUGGACUUUGAGGUCCGCAGGGACUAUGUGCUGGUGGUGCAGGCCACAUCGGCUCCACUGGUGAGCCGGGCUACUGUGCGCAUCCACCUCCUGGACCAGAAUGACAACCCACCGGAACUGCCAGACUUCCAGAUCCUCUUCAACAACUAUGUUACCAACAAGUCCAACAGCUUCCCCAGUGGCAUCAUUGGUCGAAUCCCGGCCCACGACCCUGACCUCUCGGACAACCUCAACUACACCUUCCUGCGGGGCAACGAGCUGCGGCUGCUGCUGCUGGACUCUGCUACGGGCGAGCUGCAGCUCAGCCGGGACCUGGACAACAACCGGCCACUGGAGGCGCUCAUGGAGGUGUCUGUGUCUGACGGCAUCCAUAGUGUCACAGCCCUGUGCACCCUGCGUGUCACCAUCAUCACGGAUGACAUGCUGACCAACAGCAUCACUGUGCGCCUGGAGAACAUGUCUCAGGAGAAGUUCCUCUCCCCGCUGCUGUCCCUGUUUGUGGAAGGGGUGGCCACGGUGCUGUCCACUACCAAGGACGACAUCUUCGUCUUCAACAUCCAGAACGACACGGACGUCAGCUCUAACAUCCUGAACGUGACCUUCUCUGCGCUGCUGCCCGGUGGUGUGCGUGGUCGCUUCUUCCCGUCUGAGGACCUGCAGGAGCAGAUCUACCUGAACCGCACGCUGCUCACCACCAUCUCUGCCCAGCGAGUGCUGCCCUUCGAUGACAACAUCUGCCUGCGUGAGCCCUGUGAGAACUACAUGAAGUGCGUGUCCGUGCUGCGCUUCGACAGCUCGGCGCCCUUCAUCAGCUCCACCACCGUGCUCUUCCGGCCCAUCCACCCCAUCACCGGCCUGCGCUGCCGCUGCCCGCCUGGCUUCACAGGCGACUACUGUGAGACCGAGAUUGACCUCUGCUACUCCAGCCCCUGUGGCCCGAACGGUCGCUGCCUCAGCCGUGAGGGUGGCUACACCUGCGAGUGCCUGGAGGACUUCACGGGGGAGCACUGCCAGGUGAACGCCCGCUCCGGCCGCUGUGCCAAUGGCGUGUGCAAGAACGGAGGCACCUGCGUGAACCUGCUCAUCGGCGGCUUCCACUGCGUGUGCCCCCCAGGCGAGUUCGAGCGGCCCUACUGUGAGGUCAGCACGCGGAGCUUCCCGCCUCAGUCCUUCGUCACCUUCCGCGGCCUGCGCCAGCGGUUCCACUUCACUGUCUCGCUCGCGUUCGCCACACAGGAGCGGAAUGCCCUGCUGCUCUACAACGGCCGCUUCAAUGAGAAGCAUGACUUCAUUGCGCUGGAGGUCGUGGGCGAGCAGGUGCAGCUCACCUUCUCCGCAGGCGAGUCCACGACCACUGUGACGCCGCAGGUCCCCGGGGGUGUGAGUGACGGGCGCUGGCACUCGGUGCAGGUCCAGUACUACAACAAGCCCAACAUCGGCCGCCUGGGCCUGCCCCAUGGGCCAUCUGGGGAGAAGGUGGCCGUGGUGACCGUGGAUGACUGUGACACCGCCAUGGCAGUGCACUUCGGCAGCUAUGUUGGGAACUACAGCUGUGCCGCCCAGGGCACCCAGAGCGGCUCCAAGAAGUCCCUGGAUCUGACGGGGCCCCUGCUCCUGGGCGGCGUCCCCAACCUGCCAGAGGACUUUCCUGUGAGCAACCGACAGUUUGUGGGCUGCAUGCGCAACCUGUCCAUUGACGGCCAGAACGUAGACAUGGCUGGCUUCAUCGCCAACAAUGGCACCAGGGCAGGCUGUGCUGCCCAGACGGACUUCUGCAAGGGCACUGUGUGCCAGCAUGGGGGCACCUGUGUGAACCGGUGGAGCACCUACCUGUGCCGCUGCCCGCUGCGCUUCGGUGGCAAGAACUGUGAGCAAGUCAUGCCCCACCCCCAGCGCUUCAGCGGUGAGAGCGUCGUGUCCUGGAGUGACCUGGACAUCACCAUCUCCGUGCCCUGGUACCUGGGGCUCAUGUUCCGGACCCGGAAGGAGGACAGCGUGCUCAUGGAGGCCAUCGCUGGUGUGUCAUCCAGGCUCCAUCUCCAGAUCCUGAACAGCUACAUCCAGUUUGAGGUGUCUCACAGCCCUUCCGAUGUGGCAUCCGUGCAGCUGUCCAGGUCCCGUGUGACGGACGGGGAGUGGCACCACCUGCUGAUAGAGCUGAAGAGUGCCAAGGAGGGCAAGGACAUCAAGUACCUGGCAGUCGUGACCCUGGACUACGGGCUGGACCAGAACACCGUGCAGAUCGGGAACCAGCUUCCCGGGCUGAAGAUUCGGAGCAUGGUCGUCGGGGGCUUAUCCGAGGACAAGGUGUCCGUGCGCCGUGGGUUCCGGGGCUGCAUGCAGGGAGUGAGGAUGGGUGAGACGUCCACCAACAUUGCCACCCUGCGCAUGAAGGACGCCCUCAAGGUCAGGGUGAAGGACGGCUGCGACACGGAGGACCCUUGUGCCUCCAGCCCCUGUCCACAGCACAGCCACUGCCGUGACACCUGGGAUGGCUACUCCUGUGACUGUGACAAAGGGUUCUUUGGACACAGGUGCGUGGAUGCCUGCCAGGUGAAUCCGUGCAAGCACUUGGCCACCUGUGAGCACGCACCCAGCUCCCCACUCGGCUAUGUGUGCAAGUGUGAGGCAGGCCACUACGGCCAGUACUGUGAGAACAGAAUCGACCUUCCCUGCCCCAAGGGCUGGUGGGGGAACCCCGUCUGCGGGCCCUGCCACUGUGCUGUGAGCCAGGGCUUCAAUCCCGACUGCAACAAGACCAGUGGCCAGUGCCAGUGCAAGGAGAAUUACUACAAGCCCCCUGCCCAGGACGCCUGCCUGCCCUGCGACUGCUUCCCCCAUGGCGCCCACAGCCGCGCGUGUGACAUGGACACUGGGCAGUGUGUGUGCAAGGCCGGCGUCAUCGGCCGCCAGUGCAACCGCUGUGACAACCCCUUCGCCGAAGUCACCUCCCUGGGCUGCGAAGUGAUCUACAACGGAUGUCCCCGAGUAUUUGAGGCCAGCAUCUGGUGGCCACAGACCAAGUUUGGGCAGCCUGCUGCGGUGCCAUGCCCCAAGGGAUCCGUGGGAAAUGCCAUUCGGCACUGCAGCGGGGAGAAGGGCUGGCUGCCCCCCGAUCUCUUCAACUGUACCAGCGGCUCCUUCAUGGGCCUCAAAGUCACGAAUGAGAAGCUGAGCCGAAAUGAGUCUCGAAUGGACGGCGACCAGGCCCUGCGGCUGGUGAAGGUGCUGCGUAAUGCCACGAGGCUGGGUGGCUCACUCUUCGGCAAUGAUGUGCGCACAGCCUACCAGCUGCUGGCCCGUGUCCUGCAGCACGAGAGCGGGCAGCAGGGCUUCGACCUGGCGGCCACACGUGAUGCUGACUUCCAUGAGGACGUCGUCCACACGGGCAGCGCCCUCCUGGCCCCGGACACCAGGGCCGCGUGGGAGCAGAUCCAGCGCAGUGAGGCUGGUGCCGCACAACUGCUGAGGCGCUUUGAGGCCUACUUCAGCAACGUGGCACGCAACCUGCGGAGAACUUACCUGCGGCCCUUUGUCCUCGUCACUGCCAACAUGAUUCUCGCUGUGGACGUCUUCGACAAGUUCAACUUCACGGGUGCCAGGGUACCGCGCUUCGAGGAUAUUCAGGAAGAUUUCCCCAGGGAACUGGAAUCCUCCGUGUCCUUCCCUGCUGACGUCUUCAAACCACUUGAGAAAAAAGAUGGCCUCCGUAGGGCCACACCGCAGGUGACACGCCCGGCGCCCGGGGCUGAGAUGGAGGCCCCAACCGGCAGGCGCAGGAGACACCCGGACAGCCCUGGUCAGUUUGCAGUGGCCUUGGUCGUUGUGUACCGGACCCUGGGCCAGCUCCUGCCUGAGCACUAUGACCCUGACCGCCGCAGCCUCUGGCUGCCCAACCGGCCCAUCAUUAACACGCCGGUGGUGAGUGCCAUGGUGUACAGCGAGGGGGCCCUGCUCCCCAGCUCCCUGGAGCGGCCAGUGUUGGUGGAGUUCGUCCUGCUGGAGACGGAGGAGCGGACCAAGCCGGUCUGUGUGUUCUGGAACCACUCCCUGGACAUUGGAGGGACCGGAGGGUGGUCGGCCAAGGGCUGCGAGCUUGUGUCCCGGAACCGGACCCACGUCACCUGCCAGUGCAGUCAUGUGACCAGCUGCGCGGUGCUCAUGGACAUCUCGAGGCGCGAGCACGGGGAGGUCCUGCCCCUGAAGAUCGUCACCUACGCUGCCAUGGCCCUGUCCCUGGUGGCCCUGCUGGUGGCCUUCGUGCUGCUCACCCUGGUCCAGACCCUGCGCUCCAACCUGCACAGCAUCCACAGGAGCCUCACGGCAGCCCUCUUCUCCGCCCAGCUGGUCUUCGUAGUCGGCAUCAGCCAGACAGAGAACCCGUUCCUCUGCACAGUGGUCGCCAUCCUGCUCCACUACACCUACAUGAGCACCUUCGCCUGGACCCUGGUGGAGAGCCUGCACGUCUACCGCAUGCUGACCGAGGUGCGCAACAUCGAUGCCGGGCCUAUGAGGUUCUACUAUGUCGUGGGCUGGGGCAUCCCGGCCAUUGUCACAGGGCUGGCAGUUGGCCUGGAUCCCCAGGGCUACGGGAACCCUGACUUCUGCUGGCUGUCACUCCACGACUCACUCAUCUGGAGCUUUGCCGGGCCCAUUGGAGCUGUCAUCAUUAUCAAUACAGUCAUCUUUGUCCUGUCUGCAAAGGUUUCCUGCCAGAGAAAGCACCAUUACUAUGAGAGAAAGGGGGUCCGUUCCCUGCUGAGGACGGCCUUCCUUCUGCUGCUGCUCGUCAGCGCCACCUGGCUGCUGGGGCUGCUGGCCGUGAACAGCGACUCGCUCAGCUUUCACUACCUCUUCGCCGCCUUCAGCUGCUUGCAGGGCCUCUUCGUCCUCCUGUCCCACUGCGUGCUCAACAGGGAGGUCCGGAAGCACCUGAGGGCCGUGCUUGCUGGGAAGAAGCCGCACCUGGACGAAUCAGCCACCACGAGGGCCACUCUGCUGACGCGCUCCCUCAACUGCAACAACACGUACAGCGAGGGGCCCGACAUGCUCCGCACGGCACUGGGCGAGUCCACCGCCUCCCUGGACAGCACCACCAGGGAUGAAGGGGUGCAGAAGCUCAGUGUGUCCUCAGGGCCAGCACGUGGUGGCCAUGGGGAGCCAGAUUCGUCUCCUGUCCCCAGGAACUCCAAGAAAGCCCAUGGCCCUGAUUCGGAUUCAGACAGUGAGAUGUCACUGGGUGAGCAGAGCAGCUCCUACGCUUCCUCACACUCGUCAGACAGUGAGGACGACAUCGGGGAAGCCGAGGACAAGUGGGACUCAGCCGGGGGCCCUGUCCACAGCACCCCCAAAGCUGACACGCUGGCCAACCACAUCCCGGCCGGCUGGCCCGACGAGAGCCUGGCAGGGAGUGACAGCGAGGAGCCGGGCCCUGAGCCCCCGCUGCGGGUGGAGACCAAGGUCAGCGUGGAGCUGCACGGGCAGGAGCAGGGCAACCACUGUGGCAGCCGCCCCCUGGACCCCACCAAGCCUGCGGCCGUGCUGGGCACCCAGCUGCCCGAGCAGAGGAGAGGCAUCUUGAAGAACAAGGUCACCUACCCACCGCCACUCCCUGAGCAGCCGCUCAAGUGCCGGCUUCGGGAAAAGCUGGCCGACUGCAAGCAGAGCCCAGCGUCCUCGCGCACCUCCUCCCUGGGCUCUGGCGAUGGCGUCCAUGCCCCCGACUGUGUCAUCACCAUCAAGAACCCCGGCAGGGAGCCGGGUCGAGAGCACCUCAAUGGGGUGGCCAUGAACGUGUGCGUGGGGAGUGCCCAGGCCGAGGGCUCCGACUCCGAAGGCAGUAAUGAAACUUCAAUUUGAACCAUCAGGAAACCGUGAGACCACCUGUCACCUACACAGGCUGCUGGGGCAGGGCCCUUGGACCACAGAGCCCGGGGGCCGCAGGUGCAGCUCCACAGGGGAUCACCCAGACAGAUUUUGGCCCUUCUGGGGACCAGGGCUGGUCAGCCCUGUGACAAGUGCCAAAGCCACAGGAGGUUUCAAGGGAGACAUGGCCUCUGGGCCACAGCUGGUCCUGGCUGCAGACAGAAACAAAGCCACACCUCUGGCCUGGCCGGGGGCCCAGUGCAAGAGCUGGCCAAGCCUGGGCUGGCCUAGCGCAGCAGGAGAGCCAUCAGGCGCACCUUCAGCUCGCCAGGGCUCAGAGACGCUGGACAUGGCUGGGACUCCAUCCCUGCGGCACCCACUGAGGAACCGGCCUGUGGCCAGCGCCUGGACUGCUUCUGCAAAGGCAGCCUUGUCCUAAGCCACUUGGCUUAGUGUUGCAAGGUGGGAGCGCUUCUGUGUACUUGUCCCGGGCUCGCAGAGGAUGGAAGCUGUGCAGUUUUCAUUUGUACUGGCCUGGAUGCGGACAAUCCGUGGAGUCAUGUCCUGCUACUUUUGUAUAAGAUUGAUUGCAUGGCUGUACUUGAACCGGGGAUGUGUUGACACUGCCUGUGUCCCAGCAGAGCAGAGGUGGGGAGGACUUCGGCAGUGAGGUCAAAACCUAGUCCCUGUAGCUGCUUCCAGCUGGUGAGCAGGGAAGUGUGGGUGCCCCCACUGCCCCAGCCCACAGCGCAUGCUCUGAGCAUGUGUGCCCUCGGUGCCCAUCUGCCCCAGGGGCGUGGGUUGACAGGGCCACCUGGGACCAGGCAGGUCACUCCUGACAGCAUGCCAUCCCUACCCACCCUGGUGCUGGGCCCAGUGAGGCCCACUGGAGCCCUGCCCAGUAGCCCAGUACCACAGGUAGGCAUUCCUUUGUCCCCUUCUGCUCCCGGGGGUAGCUCAGUGUUCACAUUCCCAAUCCAGAUGGAGCUGUGAGGUCUUCCAGGAUAUCACAUUCCUUCCUGCCAAUUUUCCAGCUCCUUUAGACUCCAGGCCUCUCUGAGCAGGCUGGGGGCCCCACCCCCAGAGUCUACCAAUUACAUCAUUUUGCUUCAAAUGGCCAAUUGUGCACAGGGACAAAGCCACAGGCACACUGCUCAAUGCUUAUGAACUGUUUUUGGAAACUCACACGGAGACUGUGGCUGCAGCAUCGGCACAGUGUGGCCCGAGGGGCUGUGGGACAGGGCCUGGAGUUAGCCAGACACAUUGGAUUUCAGCGUUGCCUUUGUUCUUUAAAUCAGGUGCCCAAAUACGUGAUCAGACGCCUGCUGCCAAACAGGAGGAACUGAACAAUAAGAGAAUCGAGUGAAAUGCACACAUUCUGUGCUGUGUCCGUCUAGUCUGAGGAAAACGUGGGCACUGCUUGAAUGACUGCCCAAGGGUGGAAAACCAGACAGGGCCAAAGGCUGCCCCAGAACAGGGGGACCCUGAGUGGACUGCUGUGUGCCUCACAGGUGUGCAGCCUUGAAGCGGAGGUCUGCACUGGGGAGGCACCUGUGUUUCCAGGUUUUAAGAGAACCUGCUCUCCUGUUCCCUACCGUUCCUCGGGUGGAUUUCAGCCCUGGGAGUGUUGCUUUUUAAAUGUGAUCAGAACUGUUACCAAAAAAAAAAAAAAAGAAAAAAGUUUCAAGACAGGAAAAAUGUAAACCUAUUUUUAUGAGUUUAUGGGAGAGAUUAGACACUGGAGGUUUUUAACAAAUGUGUAUUUAUUAUGUGCAGAACACUGGAAUGACAACACAGAUGAGAAGAGUCUACAAUAAAUUAAGAUUUUGAA